AUGGAGUCAACGAAAGGCGGACGGAAUUCGACUUUCAACGAUAGUAUUGUGAGAGAAGUGCGACGGAAACCGAUCGUUUUCGAUCCAUCGCAUCCACUGCACGCCAAUUCAUUGAAGAAGCAGGAAGCGUGGAAUGAAAUUGCUGCAAACCUAGAUGAACAGGGUGCACGCCUCAAUGGACUAGCCAGUGACCUAAUGGUGAGAGGUUUGUCUGCGAUUCAUAUUGACUAUUCGAGAUAUUCUCCUGGGCUCAUUUCAGUUGAAACGGUCAAGACUAGAUGGCGAACGUUACGUGAUCGCUAUACCAAGGAACGUCGUCGUAUUAGUUUGAACGGUGGUGAAUCAUCGUUCUCCUACUAUACAGAUCUGAAUUUUCUGGAUCAGUGCAUAAACGAUGGAAGGUUAGACAUUGGAAUGAUCAUCGUGUGGCGGCAGAAUAGCGUAACAGUUUCAUCAGCCGUCAAACUGGAAGCAUUUGAACAAGCAUCAGAUGCUGGUGAUGAACUGGAUUCGAAGAACGACGAUAAUCCAAGGACUGAGGCUGAGGAAGUGUCGCAUGCUGAUGAUUUGGAGCCAUCAAUAUCCAGAAUCGGAGCCAGCGCUGAUCGUCACUUAUCCGUACAGCAGCAAACACGCCCAAAUUCUGGCUCCGAAAGUGGCGCCGUCUCGGACCCGGUGAUCAUUGAUGAUAAUGGUCCACCAAAGAAACGCUUUCGGAGUGCACCUUUAACGAUUAGCGCGGAAUGUAGUUCGUCAUCAUCAGCAGUGGAUACGUUGGCGGAUGCGUUACUGGGAAGUGCUGGCGCAUUUAUGCGAAGCGCAGAUGCCCUGCAACGUCUCGUUGAUUCACGUCCCACCUCGACGGCACAUCGAAGCUCCGUUGCGGCAGAUGCGCAACGAGAUGCGGACGAAUGCUUUGCGGAUUUUGUUUGUAUGUCGUUGAAGGCUAUCGAUAACGAGAGUCGUGUCCAUGCACGUAUCGCCAUCAUUCACGCCCUUGCUCAAUUCCAAACUUAA